GAGUUAACAGAAGGACAAAGCCAGUUGUAUUUUCCCGUUCUCAGUGUCUUGACCGCAGUCGACACCAGCACUGGAUUUAGUCAAGGGUAAAAGUUGAAGUGACGCAACACAAUGAUCCGUCCCUCGGUGCUGUUCUUGGCCUGUGUGGCACUCGCUUUUGUUGUGCCCGGCAGAGCAGAACCUGAGCCUGAGCCUGACUCCAAGGUGAAUGUAAAGAUCGACCCAAACGAUUCGAAAGUCAAUGCUAAUGUGGAAGUUAAGAAAGUAGGAGACGAACUCUCCGUAAACGUCCAGUCCGAAUUCUUGGGACCGGAUAACGAGGACAAGUUCUGUUGCAAAGUGGACGGCGUCAUUCACAACAACGGCACGACAUGGGCAUACGGCAACGGCACCGAAUGCACCUGCAUGGAAGGGCGAGAGGACUGCUGGCAUAGCCUUUUGUAAUGGCGACCACAUACCUGAACUGAACACCGGCAUAAGACGUUCAUCUAAGACUUCUCCAUGACAACGAUUAUAACGAUGGCUAGUUACCAGCGCUAAUUUGUAAGAGACAUUCGCUUAACAAGCCAUCUGAGUAACAACGACUUCAAGAUACAACGUUGUUCAAGAUAUUAAAGGACCAAGAUACCAUGUUGUUCAAGAUAUUAAAAGACCAAGAUACCAUGUUGUUCAAGAUAUUAAAAGGCAAAGAUACCAUGUUGUUUAAGAUAUAAAAGAGUCAAAAUACCGAGAAAUACUGAGGUAACGUCGAUAUCACUGCACAGGAAACACCUAAGAGAGUAAUGUCGUUACUUUUAUAAACAGCUAUAAGAAAAGUUAAAUGAAAAACAGCAAAAAAAAAAAGAAUUGUCGAGAAUUUUCCCAGUUCUUGGAUUAAUAGGUGGAACAAGACCAAUAACAAUGCCUUUUUUUGUCAAAGGAUAUUUAAAAGUAAAACAUCACCUUUUUUGCGUUGCUUGUGUGUGUGUGUGUGUGUGUGUGUGUGUGUGUGUGUGUGUGUGUGUGUGUGUGUGUGUGUGUGUGUGUGUGUGUGUGUGUGUGUGUGUACGGCGUGCGUUUGUGCAUCUGUGCGGAUGCGUGUAGAUUUACGUAAGUGUAUGCACGUGUGCGUGUUAUAGCCACAUUUUCGUGAGGAUGAACACGUGGAAACAUGCAUGUAUACGGAUAAGCGAACGAACGGAAGGUAGAGAAGGUUGAACUUACAGAACAAAUUACACAUCCUUUGUCCUUUAAAAAAAAAAAUCUUGUUCCACCUUGUUAAGAUAAGUAUUAGUUCAUGUUUGUAUUUCUUCAGGUAUACUAACUGUUAGAAAAAAAUUAUAUAUCCCUGUGACAAAAUAUAUAGAUAAACAUCUU